AUGGCCGCAUACAUCGGCUAUCUGUUCACGCUUCCGAACGGUUUAACGCUCCUCGGCGCAUUACUCAUGCUGCGGCGGAUGAAGACGACGACCACUCGUGGUUCAGCGUCAUCCCGCACGCUUCGAGUGAAUGAUGCGCGCCUCGCGUAUACCGCGUCGGGCUACGCACUUUGGUCUGACGUCACUUCCAGAACUCGAGCAGCAUCGAACGCGCACGCCGAUGGCACUACUAGUCACACUGACGCGCUUUCAACGCCAGGUGGCAGUGGCGAGACCAGACAACGAGUCACCCGCCAUGGAUCCAACCGCCACCCCGACUGCGGUCGUCACAUCGCGCACCACCACGCCCUUAAUAUACUCACAACGCCGCGUAAGAAAACCGCCCAGUUCUUUCGCGCGCCGUCAACCGGUAUCGCGAUCCAAAGAUGGCGCAGAUGCGCAAAUUCAGCUAUGACGCCAGGCGCAGGUCAAACGACCACUGUCACCCAAACAGUGCCUGAAGGCGAACUUGUCGUGAUUUGA